UUUGCUCAGCUCACUCAGGCGCUUCCAGCUCGUCGCGGACACUUGGAAGAGCCACAUCACAGACACAUACACACAUACAUUCACCCGUACAUAUGUGAGCACAGACAUACCUCCCGCACACCAGCGCCCACUGGGGCACAGUCACCAGCUCAGAAGCUGCUUCGGCGCCUGCACGAUCAGCAGCGGGCACACACAAGCCGUGGCCAUAGAUAGCUACAACACAAUCGGGUGUGAUACUGAGCAAUGCCAGACACACAAACACAACCUCGUGCCUUCCUGUACGAAUGUAACUGCCUCGGUUCGCCAGAUGAACGCUCAAAACCUAGCUCCCUACACAUACCGCUGAAGGAACGCACCCUAACAUAAAUGGUUGCCCACUCCUUGGCCAGGACAUAGAUAUACAGCACAGGUCUUGCUUGCCCCUCUCUACUGCACCCACACAUAUACAAUCCAGUGCCUCAUAACACGCCUUGAUAGCACACACCCUAGCAGAGAGGAACCUACAGCAGCGCCUCACAAACAGAAUCCACUGCUUCAAGCAUCUUAACACUGGUUGUCACACACACCUUACACCAACAGUGUCACAUUACACUCCGCAGCGCGCGCACACACACACAUACACACGCGCACACACACACCACACUCCACUCUCCCUGGCCAGAUUCCCUCGGGAGAAGCCUCCAGGUUCUCCUAGAGAGCAUCCAGAGCCUUGUCACCUCAAUCGGGACUUUGUUAUUGUAAUUCUCGGCACAACCGGAGACCCCGGGCCGGCCAGACCGGCUUCUCGGCGACACCUCCCCCCACUUCCACUCCGGGCCCUGACCGGCUGGGUAUUCCGGGAACAAGCUGGACCUGACAGGCCGCGCCAUGCCGCCACCCUGGAGCUGUGUGGCCCUAGAUCCCUUUGCACAAUACUAGAGAAGGUGUUUGAGACCUUUUUCGGACCAUUUAGCUGCUUCCUCCGAGCCACCUGGGUCCCUAGCACACCUAAGUCCCGCACACCUGGGUGCCCCUCUACCGGGGCCGGGUUGUAGGCCAGUCUGGUGUGCCCACAAAGCCUCGGGGCUAGAAUGGAGACCUCAGCAUGCGCAGAAGAAAAACUGGUAGGCGAACUGGACUCUCGUUCCUUCCUUCGGCCACUCUCUGGUAGUUGAGGCUUCUGGCCUCAGUUUCCCCAACAGUGAGGGUAACUAUUGCUCUAGCAGGGAAAACGAGUGACGCUGAGGCCAUCGAGGACUGAGUGCAGAGCAAGUACCCUGUCUCUGUCGCCUUGAGAGGAUCGGUUUUAUGAGAAUGUCCCCGCCCGGCCAGGCUCGCGGCUUUGUGAUUCCGGCGCCGGCUUCCUCCCUGCCCCCCUCCCGGCGCCCGCUGCGCUGCUCCCGCCGGCGCCGGCUUCUCGGGGACCUAGGCGGAGGCCGGAGAUGCGGGAGAGGAGGGAUUCCCCGCGGCGGUCCUGAAGGCGAGGGACGCAAGUGGCCUCCUGGCCUAAGAGAGUUCUUACUAUACUGCGCCUCACCUAGUCUCACCUUGGGCUCCAGGAGGCCAGGCGUCACCCUGGUGGGGGCGGGGACAGCGACCAAAACCUUAGGAGCGGUCGUCGCCUCCCACUACACACAAACACACAGGCGCACACACUAGGCCUCCUGUGGGAGGAGGCGCUCGGGCAUGCUUGGGUGUGUGCGGAGAGCGCUCACUGACCGAGAAGUUCUCCUGAUUCUGGAGCCUGCCAGGAUGGGGCCUCUGAGGCCCAGCCCAGGGCCUGGGGGGCAGCGGUUGCUGCUGCCCCCCUUACUGCUGGCACUGCUGCUCCUAUUGGCUCCAUCUGCCAGCCAUACCACCCAGGUAGUAUACAAGGUGCCAGAGGAACAGCCGCCCAACACCCUUAUUGGGAGCCUUGCUGCCGACUACGGUUUACCAGACGUGGGUCAUCUGUAUAAACUAGAGGUAGGUGCUCCGUAUCUUCGAGUGGAUGGCAAGACUGGAGACAUUUUCACCACAGAGACCUCCAUUGAUCGAGAGGGGCUCCGUGAAUGCCAGAACCAGAUCCCUGGGAAUCCCUGUAUCCUGGAGUUUGAGGUGUCAAUCACGGACCUCGUGCAGAACGGCAGCCCCCGGCUGCUAGAGGGCCAGAUAGAGGUGCAAGACAUCAAUGACAACACGCCGAACUUUGCCUCGCCAGUCAUUACCCUGGCCAUCCCUGAGAACACCAACAUCGGCUCGCUCUUCCCCAUCCCACUGGCCACAGACCGUGACGCCGGCCCCAAUGGCGUAGCAUCCUAUGAGCUGCAGGCUGGGCCUGAGGCCCAGGAGCUAUUUGGACUACAGGUAGCCGAGGACCAGGAGGAGAAGCAGCCACAGCUCAUUGUCAUGGGCAACCUGGACCGUGAACGCUGGGACUCCUACGACCUCACCAUCAAGGUACAGGAUGGAGGCAAUCCUCCACGUGCCAGCAGCGCCCUGCUUCGUGUCACUGUGCUUGAUACAAACGACAACGCCCCCAAAUUCGAGCGGCCUACCUACGAAGCCGAGCUGUCUGAGAACAGUCCCAUUGGCCACUCGGUCAUCCAGGUGAAAGCUAACGACUCAGACCAAGGUGCCAAUGCGGAGAUUGACUACACGUUCCACCAGGCACCUGAGGUUGUCAGGCGCCUUUUGCGACUAGACCGAAACACUGGACUUAUCACCGUCCAGGGCCCCGUGGACCGAGAGGAUUUAAGCACUCUGCGUUUCUCAGUGCUCGCCAAGGACCGAGGCGCCACCCCCAAGAGUGCCCGUGCCCAGGUAGUUGUGACUGUGAAAGACAUGAACGACAAUGCCCCGACCAUCGAGAUCCGAGGCAUAGGGCUGGUGACUCAUCAAGACGGAAUGGCUAACAUAUCAGAGGACGUGGCUGAGGAGACCGCCGUGGCCUUGGUGCAGGUGUCUGAUCGAGACGAGGGAGAGAACGCAGCCGUCACCUGUGUCGUAGCAGGCGAUGUGCCCUUCCAGCUACGCCAGGCCAGCGAGACAGGCAGCGACAGCAAGAAAAAGUAUUUCCUGCAGACCACCACCCCUCUCGACUAUGAGAAAGUCAAAGACUAUACCAUCGAGAUCGUGGCUGUGGAUUCCGGCAACCCUCCACUCUCUAGCACCAACUCCCUCAAGGUGCAGGUGGUAGACGUCAAUGACAACGCCCCCGUCUUCACCCAGAGCAUCACUGAAGUUGCCUUCCCAGAAAACAACAAGCCUGGUGAAGUGGUGGCCGAGGUCACGGCCAGUGAUGCUGACUCUGGCUCUAACGCAGAGCUAGUAUACUCGCUGGAACCUGAGCCAGCUGCCCAAGGGCUCUUCACUAUCUCACCCGAGAAUGGAGAGAUCCGGGUGAAGACAUCACUGGAUCGGGAACAGAGAGACAGCUAUGAGCUGAAGGUGGUUGCGGCCGACAGGGGCAGUCCCAGCCUUCAGGGCACAGCCACAGUCCUCGUCAAUGUGCUCGACUGUAAUGACAAUGACCCCAAAUUUAUGCUGAGUGGCUACAACUUCUCAGUGAUGGAGAAUAUGCCAGCGCUGAGUCCAGUGGGUAUGGUGACUGUCAUUGACGGAGACAAAGGGGAGAAUGCCCGGGUGCAGCUCUCGGUAGAGCAGGACAAUGGUGACUUUGUUAUCCAGAAUGGCACAGGCACCAUCUUAUCCAGUUUGAGCUUCGAUCGGGAGCAACAGAGUACCUACACCUUCCAACUGAAGGCCGUAGAUGGCGGAGUCCCACCUCGUUCGGCUUAUGUUGGUGUCACCAUCAAUGUGCUGGAUGAGAAUGACAAUGCACCCUUUAUCACCGCCCCCUCCAACACAUCUCACCGACUGCUGACCCCGCAGACACGUCUUGGUGAGACAGUCAGCCAGGUGACAGCGGAGGACAUUGACUCUGGUAUCAAUGCUGAGCUGACCUAUAGCAUCGCUGGCGGCAACCCUUAUGGGCUCUUCCAGAUUGGAUCACAUUCGGGAGCCAUCACGCUGGAAAAAGAAAUUGAACGGCGCCACCACGGGUUACACCGCCUCGUGGUGAAGGUCAGUGACCGUGGCAAGCCCCCUCGCUACGGCACAGCCUUAGUCCACCUUUACGUCAACGAGACCUUAGCCAACCGCACGCUGCUAGAGACCCUCCUCGUCCAUAGCCUGGACACGCCCCUGGAUAUUGACAUCGCUGGGGAUCCGGAAUACGAGCGUUCCAAGCAGCGUGGCAACAUUCUCUUUGGGGUUGUAGCCGGUGUGGUGGCCGUCGCCUUACUCAUAGCCCUGGCAGUACUAGUGCGCUACUGCCGGCAGCGGGAGGCCAAGAGCGGCUACCAGGCUGGUAAGAAGGAGACUAAGGACCUGUAUGCCCCCAAGCCUAGCGGCAAAGCUGCUAAGGGAAGCAAGAGCAAAGGGAAGAAAAGCAAGUCACCGAAACCUGUGAAGCCAGUGGAGGAUGAAGAUGACACCGGGCUGCAGAAGUCCCUCAAGUUCAACCUAAUGAGCGAUGCCCCUGGAGACAGUCCCCGAAUCCACCUGCCCCUCAACUACCCACCAGGCAGCCCCGACUUGGGCCGCCAUUACCGCUCCAACUCCCCACUGCCUUCUAUCCAGCUGCAACCCCAGUCACCCUCGGCCUCCAAGAAGCACCAGGUGGUGCAGGACCUGCCGCCUGCAAACACAUUUGUGGGCACUGGGGACACCACGUCCACGGGCUCCGAGCAGUACUCCGACUACAGCUAUCGCACCAACCCCCCCAAAUACCCCAGCAAGCAGUUACCUCACCGCCGUGUCACCUUCUCGGCCACCAGUCAGGCCCAGGAGCUGCAGGAUCCAUCACAGCACAGUUAUUAUGACAGUGGCCUGGAGGAAUCGGAAACACCCUCUAGCAAGUCAUCCUCCGGCCCCCGGCUUGGUCCCCUGGCUCUUCCUGAGGACCACUAUGAGCGUACCACCCCUGACGGCAGCAUAGGUGAAAUGGAGCACCCCGAGAAUGAGCCGGCUGGCCGGAGCAGGCCCUGAGGCAGAGUGCCAGACCUCCGCCCUUUGCCCGACGUCGCCAUGACGGGCACAUGUACCCGGGAGUGCAGCGAGUUUGGUCACUCUGACACAUGCUGGAUGCCUGGCCAGUCGUCUCCCAGCCGCCGGACCAAGAGCAGCGCCCUCAAACUCUCCACCUUCGUGCCUUACCAGGACCGAGGAGGGCAGGAGCCUGCGGGCGCCGGAAGCCCCAGCCCCCCGGAAGACCGGAACACCAAAACGGCCCCCGUGCGCCUCCUGCCCUCCUACAGUGCCUUCUCCCACAGUAGCCAUGACUCCUGCAAGGACUCGGCCACCUUGGAGGAAAUUCCCUUGACCCAGACCUCGGACUUCCCACCCACAGCCACACCGGCAUCUGCCCAGACCGCCGCCAAGCGUGAGAUCUACCUGUGAGCCCCCUUCUGGCCGGCGGCCACCCCUCCCCCAGUCGCCGGCCAGCUCCCAACCGGGUCUAUUCCAGGGCCCCACUCCUUCCUUCCCUCCGGCGUGGACUCUGUGGCCAGGGCCCGAUCGGCGGGAGUACUGGCUUCAAGACCACGUUGGCCCUUGCCCCCACGCAGGGUCCAAGUCCCUUCCCCUAUUCCUACCCCUUAGCUCCAAGGAGCCCCUUCUUCCCCCUCUAUGGGGCUCCACCCAGCGGAUGCCCUUGAGGGCUCCUCUGCAAUGACUGGGCUCCCUUCCAUCUACUUCUAGGGAGCACCCCCUUACUUUGGGCAGAUGGUGGAGUCAAGAGUGGGCAGCACACUUUAACUCAUUGUUUCCUGCAUGGCUGACCAGGGCAGUGUAGCCUUGCAGCUGGGUAAACUAGGGGACUUAGUCCCUGGGAAUGCUCAAAGGAAACUUUCCACCACCAGGGGCUCUCUGAAGGGCUGUUGUUACCAAAGGUGGGGUGGGGAUUGGGGUGAGAGUGCUGCGAAGGCCUCUUCCGGUACUGCUCCUGGGCUGGCCCACCUGCCUGUCACAGGCUCAUGCCUGAUCCCACCUGGGCACCCCCUUUCCCUGCUGGUCUUGCGGUGUCUGUAUAUAAGGACCUUGGAAUGAUGUCCCCCAUUUCUGCCUGAUUUGCAACUUUUCUUGUUGAUGUUGUGUUGUCUUGGGGGGCCCCUCUGAGGGGGACCUGCCCUGUGCCCCUCCUCCCUGCCGCAGUGCCCCCCCCCAGGCCUCUAUUGUUCCAUGUUGUAAAUACCCCUGGGGCCUUGGUGGGAUGGGGGUGCAGGCCAAGGAAACAAAGGGUGGGUGGGGGUGGGGACAGGGGUAACAUUCGCCUAUCAGCAGAGCUGGGCUUUUAUUUAAUUUUUUUUCUUAAAAAAAUACAAAUCUCUAUUUUUUUGGAACUGUUGCGCUGUGCCCUGGGGGGGGAUCCCCGCUCAGACUGGCCUCCCACACCCAGAUGAGCAUCACAAGAGGGGCCCUGAGGCUGUGGGGGGCGCAGCUGGACAGGGAUGGGAUGACUGUGCCUCUGGCCUGGUUGGGUACGUUGGGAGCAGGAAAGUUUGCUCAGGAGGUGGCUGGUUGCUGCCUCCUGUGUGGGGGGACCUUGUCUCCUGUAUGGAGUGACCUUGCCUCCUCCCUGCCCUCCAACCCCCAGCCCCUGCCAUGACUGACCCGUCAGCCUGUAAAACCACCAUUGCCUUGAUCUCAGGGGGUGGGAAGGGCUGCCUCAGGGCACCCUGGGCUCCAGGCCCCUUCUUCCAGUUGGGCUUCCCUUCAUCAGGGUCAGGGGUCCCAUGGGGAGGGGGUGGAGAGGUUAGGGGGCAGAGAAGCCCAGUCAGCCAUGAUGAGGUGGGGGUGUUUCUUCACCUUGGGGGGCCAAGGUGUGAGGGGCAUCCUGCAGAGUGCCCCCAUCUCCCACUGUGGCCAUCUCAUAGCCUCAGCCUCUCUUCCUUCCAGAAGCCCCCACUGCCUUGGCCCCUACCUCUCCAGCUCCCUAAGGGCCCAGGCUGGGAGGCUGGAGACUCAGGGUAUGGCUCCCACUUGACUUAGUCUAAGCUUGGGGAGAGUGGCCCACUGUGGAAGGGGCAGACAGGCUGCUGGGUUGUCUGGUGCCUUUGGGAGCUGUGCUGCUGGAGUCUUGACUCCUGUAACCCCAGAGACCCCACUCCCACCCCCAGAAAAGCCAGGGGCUGUAGAAUCACCCUGUUCUCUGCCUCCUUACCCCUAUUUGUGUUUGGGGUAACAGUGCUGGGAAGGGGUGCACUGUUAGGGUGGUGGCCCUGACUUCUACAGCCCUUCUAUGGAGGGCAGUGGGUAGGGUGGCUAAGGUGACAACAGCCAGGUCUAGGGGUUGGCCAAAGGCUCCCAUCCCUGGGGGAGGCUCAGAAAGUGGGCCAGGGGCUUGUUAAAGACACAGCCCCUUUCCCCUGCACAUAAGGGGCAGGUGCAAUAGUGGCAGAGCUGGUAGCAUGAGGUGCCCGGCUAGUGGGGCAGUGGCCUGGAGGGCUGUCCUGGGUCCUGAAGGCUAGGAUCUGGACAAAUAGAUUGUAUGAGGCCCAUCUGCUCAAUGGAGAGGGUAAUCCAGCCAAAAGGCAUCCCUGGGGUCAGUAGACUCCCUCUGGGAGCUCUUGGUGGCUUGGGUACCCUGACCUGGCCUUGGGGACUCCUGAGCACUGAGCAGGAGGGCAGAGGAACAUUUUGCACAAUGGAGAAGCCAGAAGGAAGGGGGUAGCCUAGAUGGCUGGGAGGGCUCAGAAGCACAGAGCAGAAGUCCUUCCAGAGGCAAAGGCAGGGCCCUGACCCCCUGGUUGGGGUAAGGGCACUGAGUCUGUCACCACCUGGGCACUCAAGAGGUGAAACCAAAGGUGGGCAGGGGGUGGGUGACAGACAGCACUAGGGACUAGCUUUGUUGGUCCUAGGUCUGUGAGACCCCUCCCCGAUGCCUUGUGUCGCGUACAGUUUUAUGUACCAAUAGGCGACAUUUGGCCAGAGGAGACCCCCCCCUCAAACCCAGCCUGACCCAGUCAGUGUCUUCCUAGAGGGGACCAAGUUGGUCCCCAUCUCUCUACUUCAGAGCAUGUCUGUUAGUAGGGGAAGGGUAUGUGGGGACAUAUUUCCCAGGGUCCCUGAAGAAGCAUCUCUCACAUCAGGAGGGGAGCUGUUUCUAGGCAUCCUGAACCUGGGGGAACCUCCCUACUCCUUAUGUCUCCCCUUGGGAGUCUCUGGGGACAUGGUUUCCCACCGGGGACCAUGGGAACAUGUCUCCCUUCCCUACCCAGGCUCUCUGGGGAGCCUGUUUGCCUCCCAGGGUUCCUGGGAGUACCUAAGACAAGUCAGUCUUGGGCCGGCUCUCUUUCCAGGCAAGAGUUGUCUCUGAAGCUCUCUGGAAGAGAAGUCUCUGACCCCCAUCUCUCCGAUGGGAGUGUCUGCCCUGCAGCACUUGGAAUGAGGCUGAGCAUCUCUGAAUUGUCUUUUCUCCUAGGGGCUCUAGGAUACCACUCUCUCCAGAGCGCGGCCCCCUGGAGCCAUUUCUUCCCUAGGUGGGGGCUGUCUCCAGUGUUGGGAGGGCUUGUGUUGACCAUGAGAAAGUCUCUUAGGAGCAUCUCCUUGUGAGACUUCUCUGGGAGAGGGGGGCGUCUCGCCCAAGGGGGUUUCAGGGCGGGUAUGUCUGCCCAUGGGGAGGGGAGACUGUGUCUCCUCGGGUUAUCUGAGUGGGGAGGGGGGCCGUGUCUCUCUCGUGUGUCGGGUGGGAGGGUUGGGGAGGGGGGGUCUGGGCGCGUCGGGUGCCCACUUCGGGGUCGUGUUUCUCUCAGUUCGUGCCACUUCCCACCGCCUCGCUCCUCCCGGGAAGGGCCCCGCCCCCACACCAUCCCCACCCCCGGCGCUGCGAGCACAAUCCCGUUGAUUUGUAACGAUUUCUGUCUUUUCUGUCUUUCUCUUUCUCUGACCUCCCUCCCCUCGCCGCGAGCAUGCGCAGGCACCGCCCCUACCCCCCCUCCGGUUCGGUUCGUUUCCGGUUUGUUUGCUGAGCUGUCAAUGAAAGACCCGUGUAAUUAUUCCCGAGCUUUACAAUAAAAGUGUGAAAACCGGA